GAGUCAGUGAGUGUCGUAUCGAAAAAAAUAAACGUUAGUACUAGUUAGUAGCAAUGGUCGCAGUCGCGAUACAAGGGGAGUGUUUUUACUAGUGAUUUUCAGGUCAGUAUAGUUGUAAUAUACCACGGUUUGACUAAAUCGUGUAUUAUUCUAACAAUACAUUAUGUGCGCAAAGUUCAAGAAUAGUGUAACGAUGAUUUGGUAACAAUGGACAGUGUGUAUUUAUUUCUAAACGGAUUUUUUAGAAAUAAAGUGUCGACUUCCAAAAACGAAUUACUCAUUUGCAGACCUUAAUUAAGCCCCAUCAAAAUGAAUAGGGGCGCCCGCGUCGAGCCGACGCCGCCAGAAUGUGCGCUGGCGGCCGAGAUGUUCGACCACUUCUGUUCGGCUGGCACCAUGAAACAGAUCCUGGCGUUACACCGGGAGAUCUGCAACACGCUCAACCUCAAGCCGAAUAGACUGCCCGACUUCUAUCCCAAGCUUAAGGCCAAACUAGCGAGCUCAUGGAAGGCACAAGCGCUGUUCAAGAAGUUCGACGCCCGCGCCAAUCACAAAGUGUACGCAAAGGGGCGCUCGUGUGCAUCUAGCAAGGUGCUCAUCAUCGGCGCUGGGCCUUGCGGUCUGAGAGCUGCUAUAGAAUGCCAGCUGCUUGGGGCUAAAGUGGUUGUAAUCGAGAAACGAGACCGAAUGUCGCGCAACAAUGUUCUGCACUUGUGGCCGUUCGUGAUUCAGGACCUGAGAGCACUCGGAGCUAAGAAGUUCUUCGGAAAGUUCUGUGCCGGCUCCAUAGACCAUAUAAGCAUUAGACAGCUACAGUGUAUACUUAUGAAGGUGGCGUUACUAUUAGGCGUAGAGUUACACGAAGGAGUUAGUUUUGAAGAAUUGUUGGAGCCUACGGUGACCGAAAAUUCUGAAACUCUAGGCUGGCGAGCGCGGGUCCUCCCAUCAGACCAUGUAGUCUCCCAAUACGAGUUUGACGCACUCCUCGGAGCUGACGGCAAGAGGAACACUCUUCACGGCUUCAAGCGCAAGGAGUUCAGAGGGAAACUCGCCAUGGCCAUCACUGCUAACUUUAUUAACAGGCAUUCGGAACAGGAGGCCUCGGUGCCAGAGAUAAGCGGUGUAGCCUUCAUAUUCAAUCAGAAGUUUUUCAAAGAACUCUAUGAAGUGACCGGCAUAGACUUGGAGAAUAUCGUCUAUUACAAAGACGACACGCAUUAUUUUGUCAUGACUGCUAAGAAACACAGCUUACUAGAUAAAGGCGUGCUGCUUAAUGACUUCAACGAAGUAUCCCGCUUGCUGAGCGUAGAGAACGUAGACCGCGGAGCACUGAUGCGCUACGCACAGGAAGCGGCUCGCUUCUCCACCGACGGCCGGCUGCCGCUGCGGGAUUUCGCGCUCAACCACUACGGGGAGCCCGAUGUCGCAUUGUUUGAUUUUACAUCCAUGUAUGCUGCUGAGAAUGCUAGCAUGGUAUACGAACGUCAUGGGCGCCGUCUUCUCUGCCAGCUGGUGGGAGACAGUCUACUGGAGCCCUUCUGGCCGACCGGCUCGGGCUGCGCUCGCGGCUUUCUGUCCGCCCUCGACGCCGCCUGGGCCGUCCGCGCUUGGGGGCAAAGCCCUGCGCCUCAUCCUUUGGAAGUUAUAGCUGAGAGGGAGUCGAUAUACAGGCUUUUAGCUCAAACCACCCCGGAGAAUCUUCACCGCGAUUUCGGCGCGUACACCCUGGACCCGGGCACGAGGUACCCGAAUCUGAACCGUGCGGCUGUCACUCCUCACCGCGUGACGUCGUUCUAUGAUUCCGAUGAUCCGCUGCCUUUGGAUGCUGCUCCGACUGCUAGAAAGAGGCGCAGAGAAGCAGAAGUAUCAGACGAGGCCCUAGUAUCUUGGGUAGCCUGGUCCGAGCCGGGUAUCAGAGCGGCUUCCAGCCCAGCCGCCCUCACUGAGCUACUGCGUCGAUACCGGCCCGACCUGCUGCCGUCCUCCACGUUACCUAGGGCUGUCUACCAUAUACUGCAGCAGGAGUUUGGCAUAGCUCCAUUCUCUUCCGGUGGUACUCUCCGAGACGUCCCGGACGCUAAGCUUCGUUUGUACCUGACGCGAGUAUACAACGCUUUCAAAGGCGAGGUGCCGCACGUUCACCAUGAAACCGACGUGUUCGAUCAGAUCAAACAAAGCAUGCAGAAAGAGAAACACGUACGCAACAUUGAACAUCCUGUAUCUGUAUAUUCAAACGCGGCCGACGCCGACAAAUCACACUCGAGCUACAGAAAGAAACGGCGCUCGGUGCGUCCCCCACAAGUAAGUACCGAUCCCGCAGAGUACAUCCGCAAAAAGAUCGGCAAACUAGACCUUAACGACAUCACACAGCUGGCGCGUCUCAUCGACGGACACGACGCCAUCGCAGACACACACACAGACAAACAAAAAGACUUACAGGAACAAAUACUAGCUCUCCUAGACCCCGACGAAUCUCCAGACCCCAAGGUCGUACGACAGUCUUUAGCUAAUCUACUACAAGGCUCUUCAAGAACUUCGGUUCAAGAACCGCAGAAGUUGGCACAUUACUUCCAAGAAGAGAAGAAACCCAAGCCAGUGAAGCCGCCGCGAAGGUUGAAGGGUUUGGAUGUGAACAGCAUCAGGGUCCCCGACUUCUCCGACAUCUUCGACGACUCAGCUGACACAGAUGCAACUGUCGUUAAAGUAGAACCUAAGAAGACCUUCAGCAGGUCUCCUUCUACGGAAAGUGCGAAGAAGGCAAUCUUCACCCGGUCUGCGUCUAUUGACAGUGCUAAGAAGUUGACCAGGUCUUCAGAAAGUCCUGUGCCACAGAAAGGCAGACGACUUUCAGAUGUUAUAGACAGUCAAAGGAUUAGGAGCUCGCAGAGUCCUGAAGUAAAGCUUCCGCAUAAGAGAUCGAACUCGAUAGGAGCUUCUGAAGUGGCCAACACCAAGCGUAUUGCUCAGCUAUUCGAGGGUCACAAACGUCGACACACCCCGAGUCCUGAUUCCAGAACUACCCGCUCAGGAUCCAUUACCAACCCGGAGAUGUCGUUACGUUUGCAACGGAUGACGGAAAUCAUUGAAGGCAAGCGCCGAGACACGCCCAGUCCGGACCGUUCGAAGAUAGAAAGUAUUGGUAACCCAGAGAUGGCUGUCCGUCGCCAAAAGGUCGUUGAACUCAUAAAGCAAGGCCAAGGUUUAGGUGCAAACAAACUGCCUCUUCCCGAAGCUCCUCAGCGCAGGAACAGCGAGGAAAUGACGUUUAGGAUGCAACGUGCUUCUGACAUGAUGCAGAAGCGAGCUGCUGAAUCUAAGCGGCCUAAGACAGGUCGGCGCAAGGCUGCGAGGGAAAUAAUGAAGCAGAGAUUUGAGAAGAGUCUUCAGAUGUUGGCUGCGGAGCCUCGUUUGGACUUCGCACCGUCAGCUGACCUGGAGAACGACUAUGGGCUGCAGCAGUACCGCGCCAGUGCGCCGGACUUCGACGAGAGAGUGAAGAAGUUGGAGAAGAAGCUGCAGCACUAUGAGGAGGGCCGAAUCGUCGGCGGCGGCGGCCGAACGGCCGGCGGAGGCGCCCGAGUGGCUCGCCUAGCUGCCGAGCUCAGUGGAACAACAUCCAAUUCCCCUACUCCCCGUCCGUCUUCCAAACCGAAAGACCUGAUGAGAUCGGUGGGGAAAAUAGAGAGAGACGACUGGAACAUGAAGGAGAUUGAACGGAAGAUUAUGGAGAACAGACUGGGAAGACCGGAGCCGAAGACUGCUGAGAGAGUGCCGAAGUGGGAUAGAGAACAGUUUCUGGGUCGUCAACGUAAACUAAAGGAAGGCGAGGGUAAUGAGGAAAAAUGGGUGGAGAUCGACGAGACCCUGCACAAGCUCGACCAGAAGCUCAAGGACUCUGGCAGACCUGACCAGGGAACGAAGAAGGUAGCGAACUUAGCAACGAAAUUCGUGAAGAAAGAACCCGAAGCCGAACAAUCGAAGACACCGCCCAAGGAAACGCACAAGGAAGAUGCCAAGAAGAGCUGGCGUGGCCCCGCAUUCACGGGCAUGCAAUGUGCUGCUUGUGGUACUCGCGUGUUCGCGGCGGAGGGCGUCACGGCGGACGGGCUGCAUCUGCACCGCGCCUGCUUCCGCUGUGCGGUCUGCAAGACUGUGCUGCGCCCUGGCAACUACACAAUGGAGCGCUACGGCAGCCGCCUGGUCUGCCUGCGUCACUCCGGCGUCAGUGUACCGGACGCCGUGGCCGCCGUCACAGCACUGACCAACGCUCGCAGCCAGCCGCCCCCCACUCCCGAGCGCAUCAGCCUCGAGCUGUCCGACAGCGGCGCCAGGGAGAUCGACGAGGACGAGUGGACCGACAGGAACUUCCUCGCGUCCGAGACCUCCGGCGCCGGCGGCCUCAGUGACGAAGAAGAGUCGAGUUCUGACGAGUACACGGACGCGGGCGACAGCGACAACGGCGCGGCCUUGUCCCCCGAGCCGCCGGUCGCGGCGCCGCGUCCGACACACUCCGAGCUGUACUUCUCCGACGAUUCCUUCGGAUACGAUGACUAUUCUGAUGAUGGCGCAGAAUCCUCCGGCAACGAAUCCUGCUCCCGCAUGAGGGCAGCCCGCGAGGCCCGCAGACGCGAGGUCCCUGCCGACGCGAGGCCUCCGACCGACAGCAGCGAGGUGGAAUCUGAUGACGAGAGCGACUCCAGCGACGAAGAGGUCUCAUCGGCCACCGAAGUGUCCACCGACAGCGAAUUCGCGCGCGAAGAAUGCGCCCCAGCACCUUCGCCCCCCGCCAUACUCGUCACCGAAGCACCCGCCCCACCCGCGCCCCACGAAUACCCCCUCAGCAGGACCCGUUCUGCCGGGGGGAUAGCUACCAAACGUGCUCUAGAACUCAAACGACGCUACUUACUUGGCGAGCCAUCACCCCCCGCAGUCAGGAAAUCUGACUCCACAUCACAAAUAGACACAAAAUUCGAAGCUUUUAGGUCAACUAUUACAGAGUUUCAGAAGAUGUUGCAUCCUGCACCCGUGCCUGUGGUACAGCCGCAGCCGCAGAAACCUAUCGUUACCUUCCAAUUAGCCACCGAGGACAAGAAAACUCAACCAAUGCCAGAUAUUAUCAAAAACCUCGUAGUUGAUGCUCCAGUCGACUUGCUCACUAAAGUUGAUACUCCUCUAAUCAAAGACUGGAAACAAGAACCUUCAAAAGAUGAAAAAGAACCGGAUUUAGAAUCAGAUUCUUUAUCAGAAGAUGAUUCGUCACAUACUGAGACUGCUCCCAACCAAUCGGUGCCUCGCGUCGAAGUGCACGAUGAGGGAGGAGAACUGAUUCAGUUGGACAGCCUCAUGCUAAUCAACAGUACUGAAGACGAGAAGGCCUCUGGUACUACUACAGGAACAACUAUUGUUGCAGCUGUGGAGUCCGAGUCUUCGGAGUCAGGUCGCGACGCCACUACUCUGGCGCUUACAGAGACAGAGCUCUCCGACUGGGCGGCAGAAAGCGCCGUUUUAGACGACUGCGGCUUCGACGACAAAGACGAACGCAAAAGAAACAAGAAUCCCAGAACUUUGAGCGGCCCUAAACUAAUACAUGAUGCUAAGAACAUAGCAGUUGCUUCUCAUGUCUGUGGCAGAACAAGCCCCGUCGAAGCCAUAGUUUAUUCAAACGCGUUAGAACAUUUCGAGUUCGCCGACGAAGGAGAUCAAGAUCCGUCUCUAGAAAGCCCAGUCACGCCCAGAAAUGAGGGCUACAUGGAACUAGUGGAUAAUGACUACGAUCCUUAUUCACCCGGGAAUGAUCGAUCAAUGAACUUUAUCGAAAGAAGUUUCUCUGAAACAGUGUUCAAACCAGCCAGCCAAGAAAAUAGUUACAGAGAGAAUUUAUGUCCUAUCGAUUUAGAUGAUAUUGAGGACAUAGAUGCGGAUACAGAACCUUUAGAUUUGAAGUCGCCUCAACUGUUGAAGUCGAUAGGUAAUGACAACACUAGUGAGAAGUCUACGAGUGACAGUUUGCAUAAGAGUGAGAGUUUGCACAAGUCAGAGAGCAUUAUGAAGACUGAUACCACCAGCAUACAGAGAAGCGACAGUCUGCACAAGAGUGACAGCAUCAAAGUCGAAGAAAUAGUAAGCCCCGAACCGAGGAUAGAAAAUAAAAUAGAAACGUUAAGCUUAUCAGAAAUAUCGCCGCCGUUAGAGAAAGAUAAAGUUGAAACUGAGAAUUCUGAAGUUUCGCCGCCCCUUGUACCUGAUACUCCUAAGUUAGUGCAUCCUGCUAUUCCCUUCACGGGCCCCGCUACGAUAAGGUUGUAUUCUCCGGCGAUCUGUCGUUCAGCCAGCGUCACAUUCAACAGGUCGACGUCACGAAGUACCGACUCGCCCACGCGAAGUUUCGACCUCUCGAUAUCAAUCAACCUUAGUUCGGGUUCCCUCUCGCCCGUGAGUCCCGUGCCUUCGCGGGAUACCACAGAAAAAGUACAAGAAAUCAAACGCGAGAGAGAAGAACAGACAGAUAUUGUAAGGAGAUUGGUGUUGGAACGGCUGGGCAGUGCGAAGGCUGGUCGUAAAUCCGUAAAGCGGUCGAGGGCGUCGCCCGCUGCGGUGCCGCCCCCUGUCCCUCCUCCCCCGACGCUGCCGGAGCCGCCUCCUCCCCCUCCACCCCGCCCCGCGCCUCCCCUCAUGCUGCCAGUGACCCCUUCGUUCUCAGACCCUGAGCUAGCUCGGGAAAGGCGAAGGAAGAGUAUAAUGAAAAGUAUUUCCAACUACUUGAACCGACGGCUGGGACCGCGACACAAGUCGUACUCCGAUCCAGAUCUGCAGUGGCACGAGCCUCAAACAAUGUCCAACGCUCACAAGUCGACGGGAGCCCUGCAAGAGGCGCCGGCGCCUCCGCCCCCGCCCGUGCCCCCACCGCCGGCUAGCUACUGCCCCCCUCGCCCUCCAGCCGAACAUCGGUCGAUGCAUCGAGUGCCAGGUCCGAGUUCUGGCGCCGCUGAUGUGGACGAACGCGACGCGAUGCAGCUCUGGUUCGAAGCGAGGUGGGCAAGACUAGUUGCCCAGCGUCGGGCAAGGGAAGAACAUCGCGACGAACCAACUGCUCGACGCUUGGCGAGGCUCGAGCGGCGAUUGACGCGCCCUCUAUCUGCCGAGCAGCAAGCGGCGACGGUGGCAGAGCUAGUGCAAGUGUCAGCGCAGAGAGACGCGCACCAAGCGCUCAUGGCCGCUGACAGGAGGCGAAGUGCGGGCGGCAGCGUUGGCGACUAAACACCGGGCCGUUUCCGAACCGUAACCGGUCUCUCCGCGUGCUCUCGUCAUAAAACUUCUACUGGAUACAAAACACAAGAUUCCUAACAAAACCCCAACAAAAACAUGUAACAAGGUAAUGAAAAUCAGUAGCUAUUUUAGUUAAAAUUAUUCACGGCAAAUCAAGUGAAUCCUAAUUCGAUUCAAAUAUUGUUUGUUUGACUUGACUCAAAAUCUCCAAUCUUGAUUUUAAUAUCUAAUCGAAAAACAAAAGAUGGAUCGGUUAUGGUAAUUGUAGUAAAGAAAAAAGUGAAUAGCAGUUAACUUCUGUUUUGUAUCCAGUAUACAGUGCUACGAUCAUUUGCAUAAGUAUUCACGAAAUCUUAUUUCAAUACAAAAAACCGUUUAUUGUAAUAAAAUACAAGAUUAUUUUUCUAUUGACUUAUGACAAAUGUCGUAGCACAAAAAAACCUUUAGUUGAUUUCUUUACUUUAUUAGAACAAAACAUGUUGUGACUGGACAUUGCUGCUAAUUUUAGGCAAAAAUAAUCACGUUUAUUAUAGUUAAAAGUAUACCUACAUGCUAUAGCUUAGGUUUUUUUUUUGUAUCGUCGGCAAAUUGGCGCGGUUGCUGACUUGUCAAUAUAUUCUGUGCUGGUUUAUUCAAAGGCAAACGUUUUAAAGUUCAUAUAUGACGGAAGAUGUCGCGUAUUAUCGGUGAUACGUAACUAUAGGAUAAAACAUUCAAUCAUUCACACCUAACCGAUGGUGCGUUAGUGUGUCGAUCAUACACGAUACGCUCGACGCUUUGUCCGUCAAUCAAUCAAUAAUCAUGUAUUGUAUUCUUUUUCUUUAUUUUUCUCUACUUUAGGAGAAAACUUUUCAAAGAAAGAUUUACUAUGCAAUUUUCACAAAGGGAGCUUUUAAUAAAUCAGCACAGUAUUUUCUCUGCGUAGAUUUGACACAUGUAUUCAGAGCUUUAUUUUUAAUUUUAGUAAGGUCAGGUACCUUAGGGUCGGUGGCAGACCACGUCACAAAAUUACAUGUACAACUUUAUUUUUCACUUUUCCAAGAAAAAUUUACAUAAUUUUUCGAUUGUAUUAAUCAUAUUUUUGAUGAAAUGAAAAAUAAAUCGUGUAUAAAUGGCCCGUAGGGGUGAAAACAGUGUGCUAGAUAUGCCAAAUGUGUUAGGUACAUGGAAAUAUUUUUUUAUUGUAUAGUUAUUAAUUAAUAAGUACCCUUAGGCUUAGAUUAUUAAAGCAUUUGUAAACGCUGUUUAAUUUUUCUAACCUUACUUUUUGUAAAUAUUUUCGAUUAAGUUUAUUUGAAUUCGUCCGCCGAGAAGGCAGAAAAAGGCUUCUAUUUUGUAGUUUAAAUCUCAUUUAUAUAUAAUUUACUCUUUAAACAUCUUAAUGAAUGAAUGUUUUUUAUUAAACAUGCGUUUAUGAAUGUAAUAUUGUAAUUAAACACUUUAGAGUAUGCUAUCACGCUUGCUGUCUGAUUGGCAUCGUGUUAGCUUUACGUUUCUGAACGUUAUCAUGCUCCUGCGCAUUCAAUCGAUUUGUGAACGAUUAGAGGUAGAAACUUUAUCGUAUUUUAGUGAAAUAUCACUAUAGUCUGUUUUUUAAUCUCGUAGACUAAAUUGACACUUGCAAAAUGUCAAACUUUCUAAUAAUUUUGCUAGCUCUGUGGUGCAGUGUUGUACUUACGAUACCGGUUCGUUGAAUCGUAACUUUUUAUCUAUAAUAGACGAAUUUAAUAUUCAUUCAAAGUUUUAUAUUUAAAAUUCACGUACGUACACAUGGCUGUACGACGUGCUACAAACUGCCAGGGAUAUCUGACCACGCAAAGCCAUGCGUAAUCAUCAAGGAUAAGCCCAUUAUUUCAGGAUGACUUAUUGUAAAAAGUUACGAUUCGACGAACCGGUAUCGUAAGUACAACACUGCACCACAGAGCUAGCAAAAUUAUUAGAAAGUUUGACAUUUUGCAAGUGUCAAUUUAGUCUACGAGAUUAAAAAACAGACUAUAUGUAGAAACGAAUAUUUUAAAUGCAUUGACCAAACUUUACUCAAAAUGGCGCAACAAAUUUUUUUAGUGAUAUUUGAUAUGCAUAUUUGUCCUUCACGCAUCCAAUAAUUCUGUUACGCAUAUAAAAUAUUUUUUUCACAACAAAAAAAGAAUUCUACCUCUAAUCUUGCACAUCGAUAUAAUAUUCCGACUCAUACGUCCUGUCAUGCGAUGCUAAGCAAUAGGUUAUUUACUGCAAUAAUAUACCGCUCUUAACAUAACGUUUAUAAGGUUCAAAUUCUUUUGAUCGUUCAUAUAUUUACUAUAAGGCUAAGCGUUGCAGCUAUUGUUAUUAAGCUUCGGCAAAUUUAAAAGAAAAAGUUUUUAAAUGCUAUUUUGCUACUUCAGAAGUUUGCUAGUCUGAAGUUGGCUACACAUUUCAGGUCUCACAAUAUUCAAUGGCGGUCUGCAACUAACUUCAUUAAAGUUACCCAAAGUAGUAAAAUUGACGCCUAUACUAAUAUAUAGCGAGUAUAUAUUUUUAUAUAUCUUUGGCCAGAGUAUGGAUGUAUGUAUAAGUAUUGAAUGAGUCGAUUUGAGCAAUAUAAAAAUUAUAUAAUGAUAAUUUAUAAUAUUUGCAACUAAUUCUGUGAAUUGUAGCGGUGCCCGUCAAUGGUGCUGCUUUAUUCAUGCCUCAUCAACCAUCUGCCUAGCCUUUUCUCAACUGUACAAAAUUAGCUUCCAAAAUAUGUAUGUAAUAUAUGGAAAUAUUUUUUGCCGCCAUUAAGAUCAUAAUAUUUUUUAUAUGCGUUUCAUCGGGCUGUGCUUUUUAUUGCAAUGUUAAAGCCAAAAACAAAUAAUGAUUGGUCCCAUGUAGAACAAAAUGUCUAGCGAAGAUUCGUGAUUGGUCCCAACAAUAUCAUGCGAUUUUCAACUCUGUUGGCUACAGUUUAAAGUACACUAUCAUUUUACUGGUUAUUAACACAGCCUGUAUAAUCGCAGUUAGUCUUCCAUGGAAAAAUAAUGAAAUGAAUAUCUAAUUUAUUUAGAAAAAAGUCCUGUUUAUGAGAGGUUGACCGAUACCUGGCGAUAUACAUACAUAUACGUAUAUAUUUAUUUACAAUAUAUGCUUCGCUAAAAUAUAUUAAAAAUUUUAAACAGUUGUCAUUUUACAGUCGCGCGGUACCACUUCGUAAUAAAUUGUAUUGACACAAACAAAAAGAAAAUAUUUAAUUAAGAAUUUAAAAUUAGUGGAUAUAUUUGAAGUUGCUAGAAUUGUUGGUCUAUUUUUAUACGAUAUGAACGUUAUUGUUGGCUAAGGGUGAGUUGUACCAUUUCACUAUAACGAUAACCAAACCAUAACCAGCCGUGGUCAAUUAGAAUUGGUUCAGUCAUAAUUAAAGUUCAAUGGUACAAUUAACCAUAAGAUUUCUGCAUUACUACGAAAUGUACAACACACGUAACUGAAGCAAUAUUAAAUAAAUACAUAGCUGUUUUCACUAAAUACAUAUAGUAGCGAAGAUUUUACUUGUAAUGCUUAAUAAAUAUUGAAUUGUUAGUCAGUCAAUUAAGAAAUACGCCGUCAUGAAACUAUAGUUCAAAGGUAGAUAGUUUGUGCAGGCUUGUAUAAUUAGUUCGUAGGAGCAGACCGCCUCGGGGUAAAAUAAUAUGUUACUUCAUGUAUUAGCCGAUAAAAAAUCGUAUAGUUGUCCAAAUUUGCAAUGCACAUUCAAACUAAAAAUAUUGAACAUAGUGUGUAUUUUAUAGUGAAUUGAAUCGUUUCCUACAAAAGCAAUAAUUUACUUGAUAAUAUUCCCACACGUAAAAUAGUAACAUUUAAUGAAAUUAAGUAAUAGUGACUCAAGCAAUAAUAUUUAAGACAACCUUUUCAAUUUAAUGUGGAGAAAACGCGCGACUGACUUCGCUUGACUAUAAAACAUCAGAUUAUUCAACUCAUAUCAUAUAUUUGGUAUUUAUAAGCUAGCUCUUUAUUGGUGCGAUUUACGUAUAUGCAUGUAGUUUUUUUUUGUUAUUUAUUAUUUGGCAUAGUUAAUAUUAUUUUAUAGUAUUUUUCCUUUUUCGAUGUUUAUUUCUUGAGAUAUCUGGCGUUCUUCGGUAACGUCUCGAUAUAGGGCCCGAAUUGGAUUAGUAUAUUUUUUCUUAUGUUGAAAUCAUGAAAAUCUAUAGCUAAAUUUAGUUUGGGUAAAUCACCGUUUUUGUAAUUAUAUUAAUCAUACCUUUUAUUGGGUAUGCGAACAAAUAUUCUUUUCGACUAUUAUCAUUAUUACAACUUUAACUAGUUUAUUAUAGUUCCAAUUUAUUUGUAUUUAGAUAACAUUUAUAUCCAUCCAAAAGGCUUAUUUUUAAAUUAUUCUUUUCGUUGAAACAAUUUUAUUUCAAAAUAUAAUUAUUUGUUUAGAUAUGUUUUUUCUACAUAAUAUUUGGUGGAAGAACUAUUUUGCAGAAUGAAAAUUAUAUCAUGAUUUGGAGACAUUUUAUGAUCGAUAAUAACUAUGUAUAAGUGACCGUAGUUAGAUCAAAUCUGUGACAGUAUCUUAAAAAACACUGUAUAAAAUGCCUCGACUGUUAAGUAAGGUACAUAUCUGUCGGAACAUGCAUCGCAUAUUGUCGGCCAAACGUAAACAGACGAUAAAACAUUCAAUCAUUCACAGCUAACCGAUGAUGCGUUACUGCGUCGAUCAUACAUUUACGAUGUGUUCGACGCAUAUUCCGUCAGUUAUGAACUUUCCCUUAAUUCAAUGUUUUGAGAACGAAUAGGUUUCUUAUUCACGGUGGCCUACAUAUGGAGCUUAAACACAAGCUUAUAGCUGAGAUGGUCUAAUAUUUUUUUAACUUCGAUGUAGAAUUUUGAUACACUUUUACAAUAUGAGAGUAAAUCACUAAUGUUUUUUUUUUACCAUCUUUUAAAUGGGAAAUUUGAAUGUUCUGUGCUUUCAACUCUCUGUGCUAUUAACUUCUCACUGUCUAUUAUUACCGCUAAAUAAACUUUUGUACAAAAAGUCGGACAACAUAGAGUGAAAACUACGAGGUGCCUGUUUUUUUCAGAUAUUGAAGAAAUCAUUUUGUUCAUGUCCAUAAUCAGACAAAUGACACAGAAAUUCUGACUCGUUUUUAGACAAAAUGUUUUAAAUAAUUUAGCGGUAAAUAUGUUCAGUGGGCGGUGAUGUGCUUUACUUGUAUCUAGCAAACCGGCAAUACGAUGUAUUCACAAUUUAGAUAUAUUCUCUUGUAAACACUUGUGAAGCUGCCUACUAACGUUCGUAAAAAUGUCACUCACACACGCAUGUGCAUCGACGAGCUUUCACCGGCGCUACCGGUGCUGUCAGUACUGAGUGUCGUGCAUGGAGCACAUGCGUGUGUGAUUGACAUUGUUACGAACUUUAGCACGUAGCUUUACUACCACUUACAAGAGAAUAUAUAUCAACUGUGGUAUUAUUAUUUCAAAUCAUGGAUUCUAGAUCAAUGGCGUAUAUCGUAUACUUCGUUUUCGUAUAUAGGAUGUCCUCGUUACAUCAUAUUGUAUAUUUCGCUGUGUUCACAAUAUUUUAAGCUUUAAUUUUUAAUUGUGUUAUGGCUAACGCACUCGCAAUGUACCUAGAAAUGUUUAAAUUACUCAAAUUCGGAAUUUGCUGUGGUCUUUUGUAAGAAUAAUAUAUUUUUCUUUUAAAUUAUAUUGCUUCAAGUAUGCAAUAUUUUAGUCUGAUGCAAGUACCCUAUGCAAAUACCCUAUUCUGUUUUUUUUUACACUGCGUUUGAAAUCGAGUGUUUUCAGAUAGACAGUGAUCCUUUUUGACCUGCUAAUGACCACAGCAUUCCGAAAACUUAUUUAAUGUAAGAUAUGAAUUCUGUAUUCUCUGUAAAAAGUAAAAAAAAUGCACGUCUUUUGUUGCAAUCCUAAAUUUUCGAAAUCCAAGCAAAAAAAAACCAUCGCAGUUAUUCUAUAGCAAUUUAAAAAAGUGAAAUAUAUUUUAAUAGCAAUAGAAGAUGCCUUGAAAUACAUAGUUGUAGUUUAACACCAAUUUAGAACAUAUUCCUCUAAUAUUGUUAUUUACAUAGAUAUUUGAAGUUGAGAUUAUAUCCAAUGCAAGGAAUAAACACAAAGCAAUGUACCUCCUUUUGUAUGCGUAGUUGAUUUGACAAACUAAUAAAAAAGUAAUAUAUAA